UCUUCCGUUCAGGUACGGAAGUAGGGGGUGUCUGUGGUGAAGCUACCCAGGUGAGCGACAGUUGAAGACAACUAGUCGCCCACAUAUGCGGAAUUGUUGUUUAAAUGUUCUCAUAAAUGCUAGCAGAGCGACUUGUAGCGUAGAAUGAUAUGAGAAGAGGACGUCAAUCAUGGUGAAUUUGGGAGUGUGCUGCGCCAGCCUCAAAGACAACAAGGCCCUGAUGAAGAUGGGCUUGGGGCUGGUGCUGGUGGGCCAUGUCAACUUCCUGCUUGGAGCGCUGGUGCACGGUGCUGUGCUCAGGCACAUUAGCGUGCACACCGAGGCCCGCAUCAUGGUGUACGCCAUCACUAAUGUCAUUGCCAUUGUGGCCGGACUAAUGGGAAUUAUUGGUGGAAUAAUUGCCAUUGUCCUUUCCAAAAACAAGAAAAACAGGAUUCUGAAGUGGGUCCUGCUGGUGUUCAGCCUCAUGGCAGGGCUCUUGGCUGUCGCCUCCACCUUGGGGCUGCUGGCUUCUAUGGUGACCGCUAUUAUUCAUAAAGGACGGAGCCUGCUGACACACUGCAAUCUCCUUAAGAGUGAUGUUGGAUCUUCCAGUGUCACCUAUGAAUGCCCCUUCGACCCCACCCGCAUCUAUAGCACCACAAUUAUUCUGUGGGUGCCGCUCAUCUUGAUGUCUGUGGUGGAAAUGGUGUUCUCCUUUCGCUGUUUCGCUGCCUGUACGUCGUUCCUGUAUCUCUGUCCAUGCAGGCGAAGGCCCACUCUGGCAAAAAGGGUCCGCAUCCAGAGGGCUGUUGAAAUUCCCAAACCGCCUCCAUCCGAGCAACUGACCGAGCUCGACAGUGAAGCUGCAGAGCAGGAUGAGCUUCUGGACAGCGGCGCUUCACCGGAGCAGAGCCACUGGCUGUGAGCAUGUUAAACCUAAUGAGAUAGGUUGGAAACUGGACUCAAGUGUCAAAUUGACUUUUUAAAACUGGGAGCCACCAAAUGAAAAGUCUCAUUUUCCUACAUUUGCAAAAAAAUAAAUAAAUUACUUGUUAAAGCAC